GAAGUCUAUGCAAGUCCCUUCUUCGACUCAAAAAGCCGCCCGUUUGGAUUAGUCAUGCUCUGACCCUUCUCUCUGUCUCUCUCUAGCCCCAAUCUCGUCAUCUUCCAGACUCAUUCAAAUUUCUAUACGUCUUUAAAACGCUAAACAUCUUCACUUUGUCUUUGAAUUCUCCAAACUCCAAUACCCAACUCCUUCUUCUUCUCUUUUCCCUUCUGACAAAGGAAAUUUCUUUCUGGUUUUUGCUAUCAAUCUCGACCAUUUUCUCCGAUUACCAAACCCUAAGUUUAUUUUUUCCUCCAAAAUGGAUAAUUCGUCGGAUUCUAGCCCGAAAUUAGAAGACUCGCCGGCGCUUAAGCUUACCGGAAAGAUCAUAAUGAUUGUCAUGUUAGUCCUCUUUAUAUUGGUGGCCUUCGUCCUAUUUUUACACCUCUACACCAGAUGGUUCUGGUACCGCCGAGGCCAUGACGACACCACUCGGCGUCGUCGCCGCCGCUCCGACUUCGGCGCCGGCUAUGAAGAAACAACCCCCGCCACCAUCCUCCGCCGCGGUCUUGACCCGUCAGUCCUUAACUCCAUACCCGUAAUAGUUUUCCAUGCGGAAGAAUUCAAAGAAGGACUGGAAUGCUCUGUUUGUCUCUCUGAGAUCUCCCAUGGAGAAACAGCUCGAUUGCUUCCCAAGUGCAAUCAUGGGUUUCAUGUGGAUUGCAUCGACAUGUGGUUCCGAUCUCACUCCACUUGCCCAAUCUGUCGAAACCCUAUUUCGUCCUCAAACCCAACCAGUGAAGAACAUUCGCCGGAGACAACAGAGUCAUUUAGUUUUCCGACCAAUGUGUUGUAUUGGGGGAACGAGACUGAGGUUAGCACAAUGGAUUCGAAUUCGGAAGAAAAUAGUCAAGGACAUACUUGUUAUCAACCUCAAUGUUCUUCGUCGUCAUCAACAAGUGAUAAUAGAACAGAGGGAAUGUUGGCAAUAGAUAUACCAAGAGAAAUGGUUGAGGAAGAAGAAGUUAGGUCACCGGUGAUGACACGGUUGAGAAGGCUUUUGAGCAUGGAUAGAAGGAUGGUUGCUGGUAGUCCCAGUCAUUUGGAUGUUGAAGAACAAGCAAGCAGAGCCAAUAAGUAGAAUACUGUAUGUUUGUGUGUGUAUAAAGAUUGUGAAGUCUCAAUAUCUAUGUACAUUGGUUGAAGGAGACGAAAUCCAGUUGAAGAUGAUCAAUCUUGCUGGGGAAAACAAGCCUCCAAUUUAUCAAAUUCUGCAACUGUUUGAUACAAAUAGAUUGUAUGUACGUAUGUAAAAUUUAGUGCUCCAGUAGGAUUCUCCUUUGAGGAGAGAACCCAUUUUCUUC